CCUUUACAGCCGAGCUGUUGGACACGCGCAUUCAUGUGAGAGAUGAAGGAAGGCUUUAGGUGGAGGAAGUAGCCUCUUGCUGUCUUGUGACUCUCAGUUAUUUAUCGUACAAACCACAGCACAGACACGAAGACAGAGACAGGGCACAAGACAGUGACACUGUUGUCUUCAUAGUAGACUUUGGAAUUCGGGGAACCUCUGUAAACUAGCCCGAAGACACUGAGCGACUGAGUAGAAUUCAAUUGCAAGUGAAAAACGCCUAAUUACAUCAUGUCAAACUACAAACUGAUUUAUUUUAAUAUAAGGGGGAGAGCAGAAAUUAUUCGUUAUAUAUUUGCUUAUUUGGACAUAAAGUAUGAAGAUCACAGAAUAGAACAAGCUGACUGGCCCAAAAUCAAACCAACUCUUCCGUUUGGCAAAAUCCCUGUUUUGGAGGUGGGAGGACUUAUGCUUCACCAGAGUCUUGCAAUAGCAAGAUACUUGACCAAAAACACAGAUCUGGCUGGGAAGACAGAAUUGGAGCAAUGCCAAGCUGAUGCUGUUGUGGAUACACUGGAUGAUUUCAUGUCGCUUUUUCCGUGGGCAGAGAAAAAUCAGGAUGUAAAAGAACGGACCUUCAAGGAGUUGCUAACAUGCCAUGCGCCUCUUCUUCUGAAAGAUUUGGACACAUACUUAGGGGACAGAGAGUGGUUUAUUGGUGAUUAUGUAACUUGGGCAGACUUCUACUGGGAUGUCUGCAGCACCACGCUGUUGGUCUUAAAGCCUGACUUGUUGGACAUCCACCCCAGGCUGGCAUCAUUGAGGAAGAAAGUCCAAGCUAUCCCUGCCAUUGCUGCCUGGGUACAAAAGAGGCCCCAGACCAAGUUCUGACACAGGCCCCAACACCAGAUGAGAGCUACAACUGCCUGCCAGACGAUCCACACACUUCUUACUACCAACUGGACUCUUUGUUGUAGUUUGCUUGCUAUGAUUCUCUGUUUUGUUUUUGUUUCUGUUGGCAUUUAGUUUACAGUAUUUUACUCUUUCAGAACUUUGUACUUUUUAUAAUUGGAGAGAAAUAGUUCAUAACACAUAUUCCUUUGCAUUGAUUAUCAAACAUGCAGAGAUGCUUUAGUAAAAAUACCAUGUUUCUGGCUA